AUGAAUGUCGUUAUACCGGGACCGAUCGUAACUUACCCCUCCAGCGACGACUAUGAUCAGGGAUCUUCGUCGGAAAAUAAACACACUCCAUCGGACGAUGACAACACAUCGGAAAAUAUAAUUGUUCGAUCGAAAGUGGAGAGAAACGCAACCGACGAUUCAACUGACACGGUUCUCUUCCUCGAUAUUAGCAAAGAAGGCACAGCUCCGAGUGAUCAUUCUCCCACUGGUUCGACGUCGGACGACAAAAGUUCAGAAUCUUUAGAGGCAGAAACGUCGAAGGAGAAACCUCCGGAGCAGGAGAAACCAGAGGAGACGUCGAUGUUGAGAGAAGCGGAGAAACCUGCGGAGCCGGAGAAACCUCUGAUUUCUCCGGCAAAAUCUGCCGGUGAAGAGAAAGAAAAGGUGAAGAAGACAGUAAAAAUGCAGAGUACGUCGGAGAUCAAAUCUGAAGACGAGGCGAGAGGAAAGACGACGACGGCAACAGGGACGCUGAAGCCGUCGCCGAGCGUCGGUACGAAUCUUGAAAACUUCGAUUCGAUCGUGUCUUCUGGAACUGGAAUUAGUAAGCCUUUGGAGAGUGGUUCGACGAUGAUGGACGAAGCGUGGGAGAGACUCAAGAAGUCGUAUGUGUACUUCAAAGGAAGGCCGGUUGGUACACUAGCCGCUCUUGAUCCUAGUGCAGAGGCUUUGAAUUACAAUCAGGUUUUUGUGAGAGAUUUUUUUCCCUGUGGCUUAGCCUGUUUGAUGAAAAAGGAACCGGAAACAGAGAUUGUAAAAAACUUUCUGUUAAAGACUCUCCACCUCCAAGGCUGGGAGAAGAGGAUUGAUAACUUUACUCUUGGAGAAGGUGUGAUGCCUGCUAGUUUCAAAGUCCUGUAUGACUCGCACCGUGGGAAGGACACCUUGAUUGCUGACUUUGGAGGAAGUGCAAUUGGAAGAGUUGCACCUGUUGAUUCAGGGUUCUGGUGGAUUAUAUUGCUAAGAUCAUACACCAAGUGCACACGCGAUCAUACUCUGUCAGAAAUGCCUGAGGUCCAGAGGGGAAUGAAGUUGAUACUCAACCUUUGCCUGUCUGAUGGCUUUGACACUUUCCCAACACUCCUUUGUGCAGAUGGGUGCAGCAUGAUUGACAGGAGGAUGGGAAUAUAUGGUUAUCCAAUUGAAAUCCAGGCCCUCUUCUUUUUUGCUAUGAGGUGUGCACGGCACAUGCUGAAACCAGAGCGUGGUGGCAAGGAAUUGAUUGAGCGAAUUGACAAGCGAGUCACAGCUCUGAGCUUCCACAUCCAAAACUACUACUGGCUCGACUUCACACAACUGAAUAACAUUUACCGUUACAGGACUGAGGAGUACUCCCACACUGCUGUCAAUAAAUUCAAUGUCAUUCCUGAAUCUAUCCCAAAUUGGGUGUUCGAUUUCAUGCCCUUGAGAGGAGGGUACUUGAUUGGCAAUGUCAGCCCAGCUCGCAUGGACUUCAGGUGGUUCUUAAUUGGAAACUGCAUUGCCAUCCUGAGUUCUCUAGCUACACCAGCACAAUCUACAGCCAUAAUGGAUUUAGUUGAGGAGCGCUGGGAAGACCUAAUAGGGGAAAUGCCAUUGAAAAUUACUUACCCAGCUCUGGAGGAUGGGCACGAGUGGAAGAUUGUCACUGGUUGUGACCCAAAGAACACACGCUGGAGUUACCAUAAUGGGGGGUCCUGGCCAGUUUUGCUAUGGCUACUGACAGCAGCGUGCAUCAAGAGUGGAAGGCCUCAAAUUGCAAAGAGAGCGAUUGAGCAGAUGGAGCAGCGCCUCUCCAAAGAUGGAUGGCCCGAAUAUUAUGAUGGCAAGACAGGGCGUUACGUCGGGAAGCAAGCAAGGAAGUACCAGACAUGGAGCAUUUCUGGCUAUCUGGUUGCGAAAAUGAUGAUAGAGAACCCAUCCAAUCUCCUCAUGAUUUCUCUUGAAGAGGACAAGAGGAUUGCCAAGCCAAGGCUCACCCGCUCCAUGUCAUGGACUUGUUAGAUUGUUCUGACCAUUCUCUGCAUCUUAGAGGAGCCAGGUAAAACGUGCUAGGAUGGAAUAUACCCGCAAACAUUUGAACUUCUAUGGGUUAACAUUCUAGUGCUUGAGUUUCCUUGAAUUUUUUGAAUGGUGGCAAAUAUUAUCCAGAUCACAUUCAUAGACAUAGUUUUGGCACAUUAUUACCGUAAACAUGGAGAUCUGAU